AUGGCGUGUAUCAAAUUAGAGAGAGGGAGAACAUGGAGAGAGAACUUCUCAUCAAAUACGGCACACUCUCCUCUCCAAAUUUCGGAGAAAAAGAAGUUUCGUAGUUUCAAGUUUUGCAAGGCUCGCUCUCCUCAUUUGCUGGCUUAUAUGCAUCAAUUAAUCGUCAAUAAUCGCGCGAUUAUUGAAGGGGAGGAAGAAGAUGAUGAUUCAGAAGAUUAUUUUGAUCGGUAUAAUAGGUCUUUUGAAGAACAUAUUGUUGUGAAAGUAGUGCGAAAUAUUGCUGGUAUUAUUCCAGGAGGUGACAUCGUUGAGAAACCAAUUAGUUUGAUGUCCCAAUUGCCAUGGGACCAUAUCACUGGACUAAUAAAAAAGGAAGACGAAAAUAAAUCACAAAUUGAAGAGAUUGAAAUACCACCGGUCACAGAACUUGAAGAAAUUGCUAAGGUAAAAUUCAAGCCAGGCAUAAGGGAUAUUAAAUUUGUAGAAGAAGGAGGUGAACACACAUUUUAUCUUCCUGAAAUCACACUAAAUUCCGAUUCAGAAGUGAUAUUAAGAAACUUGGUAGCAUACGAAGCAGCUACUGCUGGUCUAGAAUCAGCCCUUGAGUUAGCUGAAUAUGUUGACUUCAUGUGUGGAAUUGUGGAUACUCCAAAAGAUGUUGAUAUUCUCAAAAAAGCUAAUAUUAUUAAAGUUGGAUUAAGUUCUCUAAAUGAUGAGGAAAUUGCUGAUUUAUUCAAUGGGAUAACUAAAACAAACGGGAAGUUCAAGAAGAAGAAGAAAUCGGAUAUAGAGAAGGCUAUUGAGAUAGUGAAUGAGAAAUUUGAUAAUACAUUAAGGGUGAAAGCUUAUAGGUUUAUCAAGAAGCAUGUUUAUACAUCUUGGAAGUUUCUAACUAUGUUUUCUACUGUGCUGCUUAUUCUGCUGCUUUCUUUGCAAGUGUUUUGCCAAGUCUAUGGCUGCAGCAACCGGUGGUUUCAUACUUCUUCUUGA